AGUAAGACAGAUACCAAGUAAGAAAACUGCAAACACAUAUUAAUAUACACAUAGUAGAUCUCAGAAAAUUCAGCAAGUCAAAGCAAUGAAGGGUGGUGUUGUCGCAGUGAUUACCAUUCUUGCAUUCUUUGCAGUGGUCGUGAAGCCGGGACAGGCUGUUACUUGUGGUCAGGUGGAUGCUGCUUUGGUUCCGUGCAUUAGCUAUCUCACUGGACAGGGAGAUAGCCCAUCUGCGGCAUGUUGUUCUGGGGUCAAAGCUGUGAAAGGAAUGGCACAAACGACAGCUGAUAAGAGGGCUUGCUGCAACUGUGUAAAGGCUGCCGCCAACAAGUAUGCAGACUUGAAAGACGCUGCUGCCCAGAGUCUUCCCACCAAGUGUGGUGUCCAAAUGGACAUCCCUAUUUCCCGCAGUGUCGACUGUGACAAGAUCAACUAAGAUGGCACCAAGAAUGCCAGAACAACUCAUGGCGACGAUAUGCUACAGAUAAGAUGCUAGCAUCUUGUCUGAAUAAUAUCUCCAUCUUGAACAAUAAGUACAUGGUCUGAGAACCAAUUUGUUAUGGACCUUAUGGUCAUCAAGAAAUACAUAAAGAUUCAUCUUGUUUCCAUAUGAGUUUAUAAUAGACAGUAUGCUGCUUUCAUC